GUAGCAAGCACACUGUCUGUAUUGAUCGAAAUUCCAAAAGCACACGAGCAAGGGCCAAGGAGUAGUAAAUAGUGCAAGUCAUCAAAACAAAAAAAGAAAGCUCCCUCAAAUCUCCCUUUUAGGGUUCUCUCUUUAGUUUUUUCUCUCACAUUCCCUCACUCUCUCACAUUUCCCAAUUCAAAUCUCUCUCAAAACUCCAUUAUACUCAAUCAUCAUCUUUUAUUUUUUCACCCUUUAAAAAACUUUCAAUUCACUCAAUUUCAAAUCUUUCUCAUUAUUAUUAGCCAAAUCCAAAGACCCAUGAGCCAAAACAGCAAGUCAUUGCUUAUUCUACCUUUUUUAGCUCUGCAAGUUCAAAAACUUGAACUUUUUUAGCUACCAAUCACCAAAUGAAGAGUAAAGCUCUUAACUUUUAUUGAUUCUUCAAAUAUUUUUCUUCCUGUUUACUGUGAUUUUGUGAGUGGGAUCUAUAAGUGAGAUAACUUGAUAAUGCCAAGGCAAAAAGGAAGUGCCACCAUGGAGGAAUUGCUACCUGGUAAGAUAAGGAAAAGAGUGUGUUCUUCAUCGGCAUCAUCGUCCUCAUCUAUAAUUCAAAACUACAGAUUCAAGAGAGCAAUUUUGGUGGGUAAGAGGGGUGGAUCCAGUACACCAGUGCCCACAUGGAAGCUGAUGGGGAAGAGGACCCCAUCGUCUACACUGAGGGCCUUGGAGUCCUCACCGAAGUCACUAAAUGGAAAGGCAAAGCAGCAACAGGCGCCAGUGUCAGCGAGGAAGCUGGCUGCUACCCUUUGGGAGAUGAAUGAGAUGCCAUCGCCACAAAUGAAGGAGGAAAUAGUGGAGGAGAGGAGGUUGAGGAAAGAGGGUAGAGGUAGAGAGAGGAGACCGGUGCAUUCAGGUUCUUUGCCUCCUCAUUUGUCUGAUCCUUCUCACAGUCCUGUUUCUGAGAGAAUUGAUCGAUCUGGAACUGGCAGUUGCCAUAGAAGAACAUCAUCGAUUUCUCAGAAGCUUAGGCUUAUGGACCAGAGUAUUGGAGCAUUUGAUUCAGUUAGUAAUGCCAGUUUAAUGGAGAUUGAGACUCGUUCCCAAGCUCAAACUCCUAGUGGAUCUACUGUUGGAGUUAAACCUCGUCUGAAGGAUGUUAGUAAUGCUUUGACUACAUCAAAGGAACUACUUAAAAUUAUCAACCGUGUAUGGGGUAAUGAAGACAGGCCUUCAUCAAGCCUGUCUCUCAUCUCAGCCUUGCAUGCUGAGCUUGAGAGGGCACGUUUGCAGGUCAAUCACUUUAUUCAAGAACAGUGCUCAGACCAGAAUGAGAUAAACUAUCUAUUGAAGUGCUUUGCUGAAGAAAAGGCAGCAUGGAAAAACAAAGAGCAGAAAGUGGUUGAGGCUGCUAUUGAGUCCAUUGCAGGAGAACUGGAUGUAGAGAAGAAGCUGAGAAGACGAUUUGAAAGCUUGAACAAGAAGCUGGGGAAGGAACUGGCCGAGACAAAGGCAUCUCUAUUGAAGGCAGUGAAAGAACUUGAGAGUGAGAAGAGAGCAAGAGUUGUAAUGCAGAAGGUAUGUGACGAACUAGCCAGGGAUAUUGGUGAUGAUAAAGCUGAAGUUGAAGAACUGAAGAGGGAAUCUGCAAAACUUUGUGAAGAGGUUGAGAAGGAAAGGGAGAUGAUGCAGUUAGCUGACGUGUUACGUGAGGAGAGAGUCCACAUGAAACUUUCAGAAGCUAAAUAUCAGCUUGAGGAGAAAAAUGCAGCUGUUGAUAAACUUCAGAACCAGCUUGAAGCUUUUCUAGGAACCAAAAGAACUAAAGAAAAAGGGCGUAGUUCUUCUAAUUAUAUGAAUGAUGAAGAGAUAGCUGCUUACCUAAGUAAAAAUCGUUUUGUUUCUCAUCAAAGUGAAAUAAACGAGGAGGAUGGAGAAGUAGAUGAUGGGGUAAUAUGCGAGGAAGGCUCUGCUGAAAGUGAUCUUCAUUCCAUAGAAUUGAAUAUGGAUAACAAUAACAAAAGCUACAAGUGGACAACAUAUCCUUCUGGAACUCCCCGCGAUGUGAGAAAGGCAGCAAUUGAUGAAGAAGACAUCAAAGGGAGGAAAUCUACCUCAAGCAAAUUACCCCGGAGAAGCACUUCUCUGCAAAGAAGCAUAUCGGAUGGAGUGGAAUGGGACACCCGAAAUGAGAGGGUCCCAUUUGCAGGAGACGGGAUAGAUUGGGGGAGAUUUUCCGGACUGGAGAGGCAAGGGCAAGGAAAAGUUUAUGGAGAUGAAAUGCAUGGGCAUCAAUCAGUGAAGGGUCUUAGGGACUACUUAUUGUCUGGUUCUAGGUUAGAUUCUCCAAGAGGGUAUGCUAGUCCUAUGCGACAAGCGGGGCAGCUGCGGUCCUCACUAGACCCAAGCAAUCUAGCGCAAGAGAGACCACCUGUGAUACCAGGGAAUGUUUCUAAGUCAAGGCUGUCAGAGGCCAAAGCUGAAGGAAUGAAUUUAAGAAAAUCAAAAUGGUGAGAAAUCCAGGUAGUUCUUAGGCAAGGCUGGUUAGAUGCCUAAUGCUAGAAGAACUAGGCAGUGAGAACUGAGAAGUUAUCCCCUGGUCGCCAUUCUAGAAUUACUGAAGUUGCUGCAAUCGUUGUUCAACAUUCACCGAACUUUUGUCAAUUUGUAAGAAUGCUCGUGCCCAUAGAGUUCUUGUAGAAAAAAAAAAAAAAAGGUUGUCAUUCGGCCAAAUGACUCGUGUACAAAAACUUCUGGCAUUACUUCCCUCGACAUGCCAGAAGCAUCAAAUAUAAUUUCUGAUAUGUAACCUUUGUUUUUUC